CCUCUUUCGUGACACUGAUAGUUUUUAAGAAGAACAAUGGGGGAAUAUGCCGGCUACGUUUUUACUGGAGAUGACCUGUUGUUUGAUGACAAUUACGACUACAGCAACAGCAGUAUUGGUUAUGAAGAGACCUGCUGCGCUGGCAACGUGUGCGAUCAGGACCGCAGCAUGGAGUUUGCGGCGGUCUUCAUCCCGGUCCUGUACUCGGUGGCGCUGGUUCUGGGGCUGCUGGGAAACGGGCUGGUUCUAGCGGUGCUGUGGAAGAAGAAGCGGACUUGGAGUGUGACGGACACCUUCAUCCUGCACCUGGCCCUGGCCGAUGUCCUGUUGCUGUUCACACUGCCGUUCUGGGCUGUGGAGGCAUCUAGGGGGUGGAUAUUUGGCACUGCCCUCUGUAAGAUCACUGGAGCAGUGUUUAAGAUCAAUUUCUACUGUGGGAUAUUCCUCCUUGCCUGCAUCAGCGUGGACCGCUAUGUGUCCAUCAUCCACGCCGUGCAGAUGUACUCUCGCAAGAAGCCCUGGGUAGUUCAGGCCAGUUGCCUGGCCGUGUGGUUUAUUUGCUGUCUGCUGUCCAUUCCUGACUGGCUGUACCUUAGUUCUUCGUACGAUCCUAGACGAGAUAAGACAGAGUGUGUGCCUCUCUACCCUGUGCCCCAGGGGAACUGGCGUUCAGGUUUCCGUUGGCUCUACCACAUUCUAGGAUUCCUCCUCCCAGCCGCGGUCAUGGUGCUCUGCUACACCCGCAUCUUGCUGCGUCUCUGCCGUGGCUCUCAGAACCUGCAGAAGCAGAGGGCCAUGCGGGUGAUUGUGGCCCUGGUGAUUGCCUUCUUCAUCAGCUGGACGCCCUACAACCUCACCCUGAUGGCAGACACGCUGCAGACCAACAACAGUUCGGCCUCCGGCAACGCCUCUUGCGACACGUUGACCACCCUGGACAUCUCCCUGACCAUCACCUCCUCGCUGGGCUACCUGCACUGCUGCAUCAACCCUGUGCUGUAUGCCUUUGUGGGGGUGAAGUUCCGGCAGCAGCUAGUGGAGAUGCUGAAGGUGCUGCACUGCCCGCUGAAGAGCAGGAUGGCCACAUUAUCACGCAGGAGCUCCAUGUGGUCAGAGACUGGGGACACCACCAACACCUCGGCCUUCUGAGGAGGCCAGAUCUGAAGGGCUACUGUAGGACGGAGAUAUUGAGAGAUUAAGAGACGCUGUAUAAGUGUAUAGGGGUCUCUAGCUGCCCAAUACUUCCUCAACAUCACUCUUCUAGUGACUUGCAUGCAUUUUUUACGGAAACUACUGAGCAGUUGUAAAAAUCCAGCUUCAGAGAGUAAAAGUCCCUAUUUUUGACAUUAUGUUCAAAGCAUUUCUUGACAUUCUGUUGCUGUUUAUUUUUUUCUUUUCCAGUCAUUUUUUUUUAAAUGCAUAAAACUAAGAAUCUUACAGC